AUGGGAAUACGGUUCCACCGUGAGGUUCUUAUCGGGAAUGCUCUGGACAAAGACCAUUUGUUGGUUCUUCCUAUGAAUCGACGACAACCAGCGGUUAUUCUUCCCUUUUGUUCUGACCACUCGCAUGAGUUGCCAACUUUAUUCCUGAUUCAUGAAUGUGUUGAAGAGUUAUUACAUUUUUGGGGGAUUACUUUGAAUAUGUUCGGUUUCACAUAUCUACACCCAUUUGUUUGCUUAACGCUGCUGUAUUAUGUCAAUCAAGUGCAGACAACAGACUCGUUACUUCGUGUCGAAGUUAUCGAAGAAAGUCCCCUGGGCACACUGAUCGGUGGAGUAGCAGAAUACCUGUCACAAAUCAAGGCAGAUGAGCUGAAAACUGGCGAGUACACAGAUGUGCGUUAUCAGUUGCUCGGUGACGAAACGAUUUCCAGACUUCUUCAACUGCAUCCCAUUCUGGGUCAGCUCCGAGUAGCGUCACGUAUUGAUAGAGAGACAAUUUGUCCCUUACGGAAUCAGAAUUCCCCCGGAUCCAUGUUUAUACCUGACAAACGCUUUCCGCUGAGCGUCGGUGAGCGUUAUGUUGUAAAAACGUCUACCUAUGUGAAUGAUCUGUCGGCUUCUGUGAGAGGAGAGUGCGUACAGCAACUAAAUAUCCUUGUGAUUACACAGAGGAAGGCGACGGAAAAACCCUCGAUGGAAUUCGCUGCGCACACGACAAGAGUACAACUCCAUCUAAUCAUUCGGGAUAUCAAUGACAACGUGCCAAACUGGCCACAGUACACCUCGCUACAAGUGAGUUUUGUGGAAACGCCGAGCACAAACGUGGGUUGGCCACCGCUGAACAGACAGGGGCAGUCAAUGGGUUCUUUGGAAGAGACUGCUUCGAAGCAUGCGAAAACCAUCGAUCGAGCGUUUGACCCUGAUAUGGGCUUAAACGGUUCUCUAACGUAUCGUUUAGUAGGCCCUGGCGCUGAGUAUUUUCGUUUGGAUGACGGUUCUGACAAAGUUAAUGACGAGAUGCUUACGAAUAAAUUUGGCUACUCUUACGGUCACAGUUCGCUGUUGGAACCGACCAGCGCUCAAUUGUCCACCCAAUCAAGUUUGACACCAAUAAGGAUAUGGCCUAUUGUUCCACUUGACAGAGAAACAGACGACUUUGCCGGCCGCGGAGGCUUGUUCAAUUUGACGCUGUUAGCUAACGACCUGGGUGUCCCUCCCAAAACCGGGAGCAUCUCUUUACUAGUCAAUGUUGUCGACGUAAACGAUCACUCCCCGGUGUUCCACAGUGAUGUUUACGGUCCCGGAGGCGGCACGAUGCGUUUAGAUGGAGCAGCAUCAUCAAAGCAAUUGGUUGUCUACCGACCGCCUAGCGGAAGUGUGAGUGAAACUCUCCCUGUGGGUGGCUUUAUCACACAGUUGAACGCAACCGAUAAAGACAGUGGUCCACACGCAGAGAUAACUUAUGAAUUUUGCCCGUGCGAUCGCAAUGUGGCCUGGAAUUAUUUCAACAUUGACCCCAAAUCUGGACGUAUCGUUGUUGCAAAACGUUUGGAUUUUGACACGGGACCAAGACAAUUUCAGUUUAAACUGAUGUUUGAGUCGGAAGUUAACUAG